AUGGAUUUUGAAGCAGCCUACAUCGUUGAUUCAGUGGGGGAAACGCCGACUACAUUCAAGUCGGCGAUGGAAUCAAGCGACUCCGGCAAGUGGAAAGAAGCGUGUGACUCGGAGUUCGACUCGCUUCAGAGAAACGACACGUGGGAAAUCGUGCCUCUUCCGAAAGGUCGCAAGGCCAUCGGGUGCCGAUGGGUUUUUCGUGUAAAGGAGAAUCAAGAUGGCGAAGUUGAACGUUUCAAGGCAAGACUUGUGGCCAAAGGAUUCUCACAGAAAUUCGGAGUUGACUAUGAAGAAACUUUCGCACCGGUGGCCAAGUUCACAUCGAUUCGUGUGGUGCCCAGUAUGGCGGUUAAGUACGGCCUAAUGCUACAUCAGAUGGACGUCAAGACAGCGUUUCUUAACGGCUCCCUCAACGAAGACAUCUACAUGGACCAGCCGGACGGAUACCUGGAUGCAACACAGCCGGACUAUGUGUGCAAGCUAAAGAGAUCACUCUACGGCUUGAAGCAAUCGCCUCGCAUGUGGAACCAAACAAUCGAUGGGUUCAUGAUCAAGAUGGGAUUCAAGAAGUGCGAAUCGGACCACUGCAUCUACAUCAAGCGAGACGACCAAGACAUGAUUCUCGUGGUGCUCUACGUCGAUGAUCUCAUCCUGGCCAGCAGCAACAACGAACUCCUCAAGUCGACCAAGAUGGCGCUGAGCAAACGCUUCGAAAUGACGGAUCUCGGUGAGCUCGAUUACUUUCUCGGCAUGGAGAUCAAGAACGACCGUAAGACGGGAAUGGUGACUGUGCAACAAACCAAGUUUCUCAAGUCCGUGUUAACCAAGUUCGGAAUGGAUAACAGCAAGCCAGUGAAGACGCCUCAAGAUCCCGGCCUGAAGCUAACCAAGAACAUGUGUGAACAAGAAUGCAAGCACGAAGACACCAUGUGCAACGUGCCAUAUCGAAGCGCUGUCGGAGGCAUCAUGUAUCUCAUGGUCGCCACACGUCCGGAUCUAGCUGCUGCAGUGGGAUCAUUAUCCCAGUUCUCGUCCGACCCAUGCCCGACUCACUGGCAAGCUUUGAAGCGUGUGCUGAGAUACCUGCAAGCAACGCCCAACCAUGGUCUUGAGUUUACACGUGAAGAAGGAAGCCGUAUCUGCGGGUACACCGACGCAGACUGGGCCGGCGACAUUGAGUCAAGACGAAGUACAAGCGGCUAUGUGUUCAUGAUGAGCGGAGGAUGCAUCAGCUGGAAAAGCCAGAAACAACGGACGGUCGCGCUAUCUUCAACAGAAGCAGAAUACAUGGCGCUUUCCGAAGCAACCAAAGAAGCAGUAUGGCUCAAGGUGCUUUUGGGGGAACUUGGUGAGAUGACAAGCGACGAAGCGAUCAAGAUGUAUGAAGACAACCAAGGAUCAAUCGCUCUCGCCAAGAACCCGGAGUUCCAUAAGAGAACAAAACACAUCGACAUACGCUACCAUUUUGUGCGUGAGAAGGUGGAAUCAGGUGAAGUCGUUUUGGAGUAUUGCCCGACUCAAGAUAUGCUGGCAGACAUGAUGACCAAGCCGAUCGCCGCUGUACAAUUUGAAAACAUUCGCGAUCGACUUGGGAUCCAAGGUGCCGCAGCUAACGAGUCGAGAGGGAGUGUUGAAAAGACAGCAGCUGUGAAGAAGACACCUCGUCAAGCUGCGUCAAGUGUUGAAGCAAGUGGAAGACCAAGCUUCGCUAUACCGGUGGGUACCGGUAUGUACCAGUAA